CAAUAUGAGGAGGAAAUGAUAGUCCUAAAAAUGCCUUCCAGUUUCACUGACUCACCCAAUGACGCACAGCUCACUAGCUGGUGAUGGCCAAUGUGCUCGUGCUAUAAGCCUCUCUCUCGUUUUACUUGUAAAACAAUAUUUGGAAGUUUAUCAAAUAUUUUGGUAGCCUACAGCUGACAGGUUAUAGUAUUUUCUUUUCAGCAGGAGCGAUUUGUUUUCCAACCUGUAUUUUGCCGCGAUUGUAGGCUAUUUGAAAUAUUGCGAAAGGCAAGUUUUGUCUGCAUGCUGUUUGUUCAUUGACAGAUUUCUCAAGCGUAGGCUAUGCCUUGUUAUUGGGCUACACUCCACUAGGCUAUUUUUAAAAUAAGCUAUUUAUCCUCUGUGGUCAAAUUUGAGGCAUCCUCGUGGUCUAGUAGGCUAUUCUGAAUUAUUUCAUUUAUUUCUGAACAGACUGCAGUAACUUUAUUUAAAUGUAUUUACAUUCAUCAGGCGUGCUGCAGCUUCGAACCCUUCGCGUGGCUAUGAUUCUAUAAGGAAAUAAAUGAUGAAGUGCAAUGCUGGCGAGAUGAGAGUUGCUGGCUCAUGUGGACAAAAACGGAGAGGUACUCAAAUGAAGCACUGGGCACUCCUAUAUAGGAACGUGCACUUUCACUUGAUCACUUUCUUACUCUCUGAUUGUGAUUUACAUGUUCAGGAAAGUAAAAGGAACACAUCCCCUAAACUAAAACUUAGUCCUGAAUCUCCAAAGAGAGGAGCUGGUUCUUGUUUUGUCAUGUUGCUGCUUUUUUACAGUAUAUGUUUUCUGGGCACACACACUGCCUCCCUGUGUGGAGAACAUGCUCAUAUUGGGAGACAGGAAGUGAUGCGGGAGAAAGCCAAUCUCCCCACAAAAGCAAAAUGAAAUUAUUGCUGCUACAGCAUGGAAUGCCAUGAGGGAAGGCUGAAAGAAAUGAAAGUACUAUGUGUUGUCGGAAACUCAUCACGUUCCCCUAUAUGGCCUGUGGAGUAGGCCGACUCCUUUAAGGAAAAUACCACUCAAAAACUAUAUUUUGUUAUUUGUUUCAUUAUUCCACUGUUAAUACAUUCCCAAAAUGUAUCAUACCGUGACACUUUCUGUAUUUUGAAAGUUCUAUAUCUUGAAAACUUGCUGACAUGCAACAUUCUGGGACUGUAUCAACAGUGGACUAAUUAAACAAAAUACCAACAGAUCGUUUUUUAGUGGACUUCUCCUUUAAAGACAUGUCCAACAGUUGUGAGUGUUGCACACCUGUGAGGCUCGUCAACAUUCUUCAUAGGACUGUGAUGGAUCCACCUGCAAUUCGUUUUUUUUGUUCACCAACAGCUGGGCAGACGUCUGCAAGAGCAGAGAUGUAAUCAUAAAGUUGCAUUUGGUAACACUGUGGCUGGGACAUGUACGUCAAAGGUUAUGAUGCAGUUAAGGAUACUGAUGUUUUUCCAUUGUAAAUAAGAGAGUACAAGUUCCUAGUCCUCUUUACAACCACACAUAUCCAACACCACAAAUAGUCAGAGCAUGCAGUCAGGGUGAGUCCGUCCAUAGGUCCCACACCCUGUAUGCCUUUUGAACAGUGGUUAUUGCUUUCCAGUGGAAACUACACAAAAACUACACAAACAUCAGGACAGGACAGAUAGAGGCUGCUGUUGUCCUUUUAAGUCCACUUGGAGCAGGCACCACAAACAGGUCAGAAAUAACCAAGCCAGCCUGCUGCGUCCUAAACACUCCAAUCUACUUGCCUCAUCAGAUGCCAAUAUAGACGCUAAAGAAAAGGAGCAUAAACACAUUUCGCAGGAAUAAUUCAUAAUUUCCUUCCCCGGCCUAAUCAGACAAUUUUGGGGUUAUAUUUAACUAGGCAAGUCAGCUAAGAACAAAUUCUUAUUUACAAUGACAGCCUAGAAACAGUGGGUUAACUGCUUUGUUCAGGGGCAGAAGAACACAUUUUUACCUUGUCAGCUCAGGGAUUUGAUCUAGCAACCUUUUGGUUACUGGCCCAACACUCUAACCACUAGGCUACUCGCUGCCUGGAGACUAAGCUAUAUUCCUGCAUCCUUAUUGAACCUCCCCGCCUGUCUGUUUCUUCUCUUGGAAAGUUCAACGACCUAUGAUUUACUCUGGGGAGAGAUGCAGCUUACGUUCUCCUCUUUUCCAUUCUCCUCUAACAGUCAGACACUACUCCCCUGCACCUGUCCCUUGGAUCUGAAUGUUAAACCCAAUCCCUUCCGUUGGUGCUCGGCAGUCAUUUGUAAAAAUGUGUAAAAUUGCCUAUUUUUCUUCCCUUGUUAGUAUAUUUGUCUUUGUGUCUGGAGGCCGUUGUCCCUCCCAGAAGGCAGGCAGCCAUCGCCAGGCCAAGGAAAGACAAGGCAGGCACACAGGGCUGCCAAGCAGGAAGCAUACCACACAGGGUGCAAUCAACAGCUCUGAAAGGGCAUGAGACAUGGAACCCAAAAGAGUUCUACCUGGAACAAAAAAAAGAUUAUCCUAUGGGGACAGCCGCAGAACCCUUCUGGGACCGUUUUCUUCCUGAGAGUGUAUGUAGAAUUGCCAUGGUGUUUCUUGUAACUUUCAAAGUGGAGAGAAAGUUAUUGGGUCAGGAUGUAAGAUGCUUUCAAGGACCGAGGUGUUUCAAAGCUGCGAUGGGAAGUAGUAUUACUUCUUUUUGAUUGUUGAUAUUUUGUCGACAUGGUCCGAAUUCUCAAGUCCUUGUGCCAUUUGUCCAUUGAGAUGGUGCUGUUUUGAUGCAAUCAGGUUUAGAAUUCACUGUCAGACUUGGGUUCAAUGAGAAAUGCAGCAGCUGAAAUAUUAUUUUUAGCGUUGCAUCUCAGAAAUGUCAAGUUAGAUACGUUCAGACCAGCUCUGUGAUGUGUAAUGUGGUAUUUGACGUGUUAUUUCUCCAUCUCCCUGUCCUCCUCGGAAACAUGGCUUCAGCAGAGAUCUACUGGCCUGUUCCAAUGAGGGCCAUCGGGGCCCAGAACCUACUCACCAUGCCAGGAGGCGUGUGCCACUCUGGGUACCUCCACAAGAAGGGAGGGAGCCAGUUCAGCCUUAUGAAGUGGCCUCUUCGCUAUAUAAUCAUCCACAGGGGAUGUGUGUAUUAUUUCAAGAGCAGCACCAGUCCUGCACCGCAAGGAGCUUUCUCUCUCAAUGGCUACAACAGGGUGAUGAGGGCAGCAGAAGAGACCACCUCCAAUAAUGUGUUUCCCUUCAAAAUCGUCCACUUCAGUAGUAAGAAGCACCGGACCUAUUGCUUCUCAGCAGCCAACGAGGAAGAGAGAAGGAAAUGGAUGAGAAACCUGCGAAAAGAAAUUGAUCACUAUAAUGACAGAAUGGAGUCAUAUAUUCCAAAUGACUCUGAAAGUGAUGCGGACAGCUUCUAUGGAUCGAUCGAGAGCCCCAUGGACAUAACCUAUGCCCAUGAUGACCCAGGAGACAAUUAUAUGUUAGAGGAUGAAGAAGAUGAGGAUGAAGAUGACUAUGAAAAACCAGAUAGCCCACCAACUUAUACAGGAAGACUAACUGUUCCACCACCAUCAUACCAUCCUCCUCCACUCCCAUGCCAGUUUAGACAAGAAUCAAAAUCAGGAUUCUGCAAAGGUCUCCCCCAACCUGCCCCUGCCCUUGUCCCCAACAGGACCCUCUCCAGCCCCCUUCCAAAGAAAAUGUCCCCGGUAUUACCUCGACCCAAGCUGGGUGAGGUCGGCCACAACCAACAUGGACACAUGGACAUCCCAAACAAGGACAGCCCAGAGAGAAGUGUGAGGGGCCCUAAGACCCCUCUUCCCACUCCCAUUGCCAGCCUUCAGAAGCAGAUGAUGAUGGGGAAGACGUCCAUCUCCACCCUACCUGUGGGGGACCACAGAGACAAGAAGCCCCAUGUUCCAGUGACCCUCAAGUCUCCCGCCACCCUGCCCAUCUGCAUCAACCUGGAAAGGCAAAUGGGGCUGAAUCCUAGAACACCUGGUUACCAUGGCAACAGACCCAGUCACAUCCCAAGUGUUCGAAAAAACUGCCACAGCACUAGGUCAACACCAGAUCUCCCACCACAGGCCUCGCCAGCACUGAACCACACGCCUGGACAGUACAAGCCACCCCUCCUAGCGAAAUCUCCAUGUCCGGCAACCAUGCCUAAACAACCAAGAGGGUCAGCACAAAGAUCCUCUCCAGAUGGACAAAGCUUCCGAACCUCAGUGGACGAGGUGCCUGCCUCUUUAAGAAAGAACAGGGAUCCAUCCAAGGACAACGACAAUGACUCUGAUGAAGACUAUGAGAAUGUUCAAUUACCGGAUUCUGUGUUUGUGGACAUAACAGAAACAAGCAGUGUUGAAAAGUUAUUUAUGGAAACCUCCAGUUCACCGCAGGAUGGUCUCUACUGCUUCAGGAACUCAGGAUCAAAGACAUCCAAGGUGCUGGUGGUGUGGGAUGUGGAUCUGUGCAAGGCCAGAAACUACAGGCUCUUUGAGGAGGACUCCCGGGUGUUCCUGGAGUUUGAGAUGACAUUUUCCUCCCUGUCGGCCCUAGUGGAGCACUACUAUAGCCACCCUCUACCCAAUCACAACUCUCUGUGUCUGCAGCAGCCAUAUGGUUACAUCAUGCCCAGAUGACCCUGUCCUGACUCUGCCUGAGGCCAUUGCCUCAUCCACUCAAACGGACUCUCUCCUUUUGGGCAUCUAAUACGGUUCUGACACUGUCAUGAACUACAGUUGAAACCUGCUGUGGUAGAAACUAAAUGACACUGCCCCCUGUAGGGCAAGUCAGAUUGGUGCAUAUCUGUAACCAAGCCUGAGUAUUUGUUGGAGUGAUUCUGAUGAGCGUCAUGGCGUGGGAUCUAGCCCUAAACAACGCUUGGGCAGAGGUGCAACGAGUGCACAUGGUUGCAGUUGUGAAGAAAAUAUGGUAUCUGUGAGGAGGACAAUGAGCUCUAUAUACCGAACAAAGAUGUAUUAUGUGAGGACUACUGCAGGACUAGUACUCUAAAGGUCUGUCAUUACACUGGAUAGCACUGUUGUAGUGUUGUUCAGAAUACAAGCAAAUGUGAAGAUUUGUGGGUUCACUGCACAUUAAUGUUGGAAUAUUUAACACUGGUUUUGCAUUACGCAUUGAGGACCAAUUAUGUGUAAAUCACUUAUUUAUUCCAUAAAGUUUAUGAAAUGUAUCAUAUGCUAUCAAACUGUCCACACAUCCUAUUGCACUGUACAGAACUGUCCAUUUGUGAUAUGUAAAUUAAAUGCAUUG